AUUUCUAUGCGUUCCGUUCACGGAGUAAAAAUGGCUGCCACCUUAGAUAACGUGGAGGAGAUUCGGAAUCGGGUAAUAUUGGGGGAAUUUGGAGUGAAAAAUGUUCAUACAACAGACUUUCCUGGAAAUUACCCAGUCUUUGAUGACUCAUGGGACAUGAAGAGAUUUCAAAAGAAUUUCAGAAUUGAUGUGGUGCAUCUGGAUGAAAACAGUAUGGAGUUCGACAUGGUGGGGAUUGAUGCUGCCAUCGCCAACGCCUUCAGAAGGAUAUUACUAGCAGAGGUGCCCACCAUGGCUAUAGAGAAAGUAUUCAUCUAUAACAACACAUCUAUUGUCCAAGAUGAAGUCCUGGCCCACCGAUUAGGCCUGAUCCCCAUCAAAGCUGACCCUCGUCUGUUCGAGUUCAAGAACGCUGCUGAAGAGUCUGCAGAGGAGGAGGCUUCUGAAAUAGACACCAUUCAGCUCCAGCUGAAGAUUAAAUGCCGCAGGAACCCCAGUGCCAGCAAAGACUCCUCUGACCCACGAGAGCUCUACCUGAACCACAUGGUUUAUUCCAGGGACAUACAGUGGAUCCCUCUGGGAAACCAGGCGGAUGUGUUUGCAGACUCGUGUAUUGCACCGGUGCACGAUGACAUCUUGAUAGCGCAGCUCCGACCUGGACAGGAGCUGGACAUCGUCAUGCACUGCGUUAAAGGAAUCGCUAAGGACCAUGCCAAGUUCUCUCCAGUGGCAACAGCCAGCUACCGCCUCCUCCCAGAGAUCACCCUGCUGGAGCCAGUGGAGGGGGAGAAGGCAGAGCGUCUGAAACGCUGCUUCUCACGAGGCGUGAUAGACCUGGAAGACUUACACGGUAAAAAAGUUGCCAAAGUGGUCAACAGUCGACUGGACACAUGCAGCAGAGAAGUUCUCCGACACACUGAUCUGAAGAACGUGGUGAAGAUCGGGAGAGUACGAGACCAUUUCAUCUUCACCGUGGAGUCGACCGGCAUCCUGCCUCCAGACGUCUUGGUCUCAGAGGCCAUCCAAGUCCUCAUGGCCAAGUGUCAGACGCUCCUGGGGGAAAUGAACUCUACUGACAUGGAGUGAACGAAUGACUGAACAGUCAUCCGUUCAUCUGAGCUCCUCAUCAAAUGGUUAUGGUCAGAUGCCUUUAAGAUGUACAUGUAAAUGUUUCAAAACAUGGAUUUUUUUUUUCUACUUGACUUUCACCUCAGAGUUUCUUUAAAAAUGCAGAAUUUAACAAAAUUAUCAUUUUGAUGUGUGUGUGUAUUUUGGCUUAAAACCUUAACAUGAACCGGAGGUUACACUGGCAAGAAAAUCACCAAACAUUUCUCAGUGUGGAGCAAAUGCCCCUUAAGGUGUGUGGCUUUAACACCCCUGAUCAGUUUUUCUGUUACUAUUCAGUUUUAGAUAAUUAGAAGUUAAUUGACCUAUAAAAAAAGACUUUUGUACUUAAUUAAAACAAAUAAACAUUUCCUAUGAAAAUUUUGAAGGGUACCAAUGCAGCUACUGUCAAAAUCCCAACACAUGCACACAAACCUUCUAUUAAGCGCAAUGAUAAUUUGGGACUAAAUUUGUUAGAAUCUAAAGGCAGUAUGUCACUGGUUGCCAUUUUUGGAGACUAGCUGAAGAUUCAAAAUAGUGAGAAAAUUGACAAAUUUUCAGGUGCAGUCUCAGUGUUUGGAGUGCUUGCAACCAAGCAAACCCUGUUUGCAUUUAUUUAUUUAUUUGUAUUAAAGAACAGAUUAUUUU